CGCGGCGCGUUUCUAAAAAGCUAUUGCCUCCUCCUAGCUUUGAGGAAACGCCAAAAGCCCAAACGCAGCACAAGAGGACAUCAAAUUCUCAGCUUUUAUCUAGCAGCACCUCAAAAUAAUUGACUUUUGCUUCCCUCCUCCUCCUCCCAUGGCGGUUCUGAGCCGCGUUCUGAGACUAAGAGCGGCGGGAGUAGACCGCUUCGCAGUCCGGAGCUUCCGGUCUUCGUCGUGGCGAAAUUCCGAAAUUGACCCCAAGGCGGCGGCGGCGUCGCAGCAGCUCGGGGAAAAGGCGCUUCCUUUACAGCGAGACGUCAAGGACAGAAAUGUCCAGUGGGUUUUCCUUGGCUGCCCGGGCGUCGGCAAAGGCACCUACGCGUCUAAACUCUCGACUCUGCUCGGCGUGCCUCAUAUUGCGACCGGCGAUCUCGUCCGCGACGAGCUUUCCUCUUCCGGUCCGCUCGCCAAGCAGCUUGAGGAGGUUGUAAAUCAAGGCAAAUUGGUUUCGGAUGAGAUUAUAAUAAACUUGCUGUCCAAGCGUCUUGAAGCUAGCUCAGCUAAGGGUGAAACUGGCUUUAUUCUUGAUGGUUUCCCUCGCACAAUUCGACAGGCGGAAAUUUUAGAGGGAGUUACUGAAAUUGACUUGGUAAUCAACCUAAAGCUUCGGGAAGAGGCUUUGCUUGCCAAGUGCCUUGGAAGAAGGAUUUGCAGUGAGUGUGGAGGAAAUUACAAUGUUGCCAGCAUUGAUAUUAAAGCUGAGGAAGGGGACCCUGGCAUGUACAUGUCUCCACUUCUUCCACCUCCACAUUGUGCAUCAAAGCUUAUCUCGCGAUCCGAUGACACGGAAGAAGUUGUUAAGAGACGACUACGUAUAUAUAAUGAAAUGAGUCAACCUGUGGAGGAGUUCUACCGCAGUCGGGGAAAAUUGUUAGAGUUUGAUCUUCCUGGAGGGAUUCCAGAAUCCUGGCCAAAGCUACUUCGAGCUUUAAAUCUGGAAGACCAUGACGACAAACAGUCUGCCGCAGCAUGAUUUGUAUAUUUGUAUACAUUAAAGUUGGUUUCCAUUAGGUGAAGCUAGAUCAUUCAUUCUUUGCAUGUCAGGGAAGCUGCUGCAUUUAAUUUAAAAGUUGAAAGGAAAAACUUCUAUAUGCAAUAAAAGCACGAAGCGGCCCAUUUCCUUUCGAGUUAUGUAAGUGGCCAUGGGUCUUGUGUGGGGAGGUAAGCAUUGUAAAGGUCAGUCAAGUUGUUUGUUUGAAUAAUGAUUCUUUUUACGGGCAGCAAGUAAAGAUUCAGAGCA